AAUACCUCUUUUUCAUAUUCCUUUUCGCUUUACCGUAUACUUGACAUGUGUUGAUGUUCAAACCAUCCGUACAAGGAUAAAGAGUUAGGGGGAGUCACGCCACAGACACACAGUGACUACUGAACUCAUCCACGUCCAGACUGAGGCUGUCCCAACAUUCAGAAGACUUGCCCUGGGACUGGCCUGUUUUUUCACCUGUAAUAACCCUCCUACCUCCUACCCUGGUAAGGGGUCUGGUCUGGAGCUCAAGCUUUAACAGGGAGGACAUCGUUCAGUAUUCACUUCCAGUUGGACUGGACCAAACUAAAACCAAAUUACUCGCAUUGAUGCUUUUACAGAUUUCAUAUGCCUCACUUCCUCUUCCCACUAUUCAACAUUUUUUAUAUGAUACAGACUUGCACUUGUUCACCUUGAUCUAGCUAUUGGGAAAAUCAGAGAGAGGGACCCCAGAACCUAUGCCUAUGAUAAUGAUCCUCAGUAACCAAAUACUACUCUGAUAGGUCAGACUGUCGGAGUCAACUCCACACUCCAUCAAAUAUAUUUUAGGUCUCCAGCUGUAUUAAAACUUGUGGUUUAACAUCAAGGAUAAUCUCAAAAUGGAUUAGCUUUUGCUUGUUAAAUAGCGUUCCUCUGCAUACACAAUGUUUGUCUCUAUCAGUGUUUUAAACAAGCUCAUAGCUUUCUACUUUUGAUUAAUUGUAAUUGGCCAUUAGAUUAAGACAACAUGAGUCAAAUGAUGCUUUGACAUGACAGACUUAAUGUGAUUUGAAUGGCUCUCAGGAAAGUGCCCUGAUGUCUUUGUCUUCUCUCAGCGAACUUAACUGUCUGCAGUUUAUCUGUCAGUCUACUGUUCAGUACAGGGCAGGACAGUGUAUCAAUACUAUUUAGAGAACAGAUGGUUCCUAUAGCAAACAACAUGAACAUGACCCCAGAGCAUCCAACACAGAACUGCUCUAACUGCAGCCAGGCGUUUGUCCCAGAGCUCAAUGUGGUUAAGGCUGUCGUGCUGGGACUGAUACUUGGGACAAUUAUUGUAUGUGGGGUUUUUGGGAACAUCCUGGUUAUCUUGUCGGUGGUCUGUCAUCGACACCUACGAACAGUCACACACUACUUCAUCGUCAACCUAGCGGUGGCAGAUCUCCUGCUGAGCUCCAUCGUUCUGCCUUUCUCUGCCACCUUUGAGAUCCUAGGGUACUGGGUGUUCGGAAGGCCCUUCUGCAAUGUGUGGGCAGCGGUGGAUGUGCUGUGCUGCACAGCCUCCAUCAUGAGCCUGUGUGUGAUCUCAGUGGACCGCUACAUCGGGGUCAGCUACCCGCUGCGCUACCCAGCCAUCGUGACAGAGCGCAGGGCACUGCUUGCCCUGGUUGGCCUGUGGGCUCUGUCCGUCACCAUCUCCAUUGGCCCUCUGUUUGGCUGGAAAGAGCCGGCGCCAGAAGACGAGUCAAUCUGUAAGAUCACAGAGGAGCCUGCCUACGCCAUCUUCUCUGCUGUGGGCUCCUUUUACCUCCCGCUGGCCAUCAUACUGUCUAUGUACUGUAGGGUGUAUGUGGUGGCCCGCCAGGAGAGCCGGGGCCUGAGAAAGGGGCACAAAACAGACAAGUCAGAUUCAGAGAGCGUCACGCUGAGGAUCCACCGCGGCAACAUGGCCGUGUCUGAGGAUGAGGCCAUGCACAGCCGCACACACUUCGCCCUGCGUCUCCUAAAGUUCUCCAGAGAAAAGAAGGCCGCCAAGACCCUGGGCAUUGUGGUUGGCUGCUUUGUGCUCUGCUGGCUCCCUUUCUUCCUGGUUCUGCCCAUAGGUUCCAUAUUCCCAGCAUACAGACCUUCGGACACAGUUUUUAAGAUCACCUUCUGGCUAGGCUACUUCAACAGUUGCAUCAACCCUAUCAUCUACCCCUGUUCCAACCAGGAGUUUAAGAAGGCCUUCCAAAGUAUUCUGGGAGUGCGCUGUCUGAGAACCCAGUCCAGAGCCACUCAUCACCCGGGUCCAGCCCAGGUUCAGGGUCACUCUCUCACUCUGAGACUAGAUGGCCAAGGUGACCCCUCCUGCUUCAGCCCCUCCUCCUCCAUAGCCCUGUCCCGCACACCCUCCUCUAGGGAUGGCAGGGAGUGGAGGGUAUUCUCUGGAAGCUCCGUGGCAGGGUCUGGGACAGCGGUAGAGACAGGACGGGCUAAGGUGGCCCAACUGUGCGGUAAGAAUCUGCUGAAAACCUGCUGCUGCAUCAGAGACAGGAGCUUCAGCCAGGGGCCCAGCCAGGGGCCCCGCCAUCCCCAGCCCCCUCCACACGGGACUCUGCCCAUCAUUAAGAUCCACCAGCUGUCUUUGUGUGAAAAUGGAGAGGCUGUAUAACCAGAGAAAAUAAGUGAUUUGGAUCAUCUCUAGUAUGAAUGUACUGUAGCUCCUCACUCUUAACCCUAACAAUGAUCCACCCUCAAGGUCCAACACUAUUAAAGGAAACUGAAGUGAAUAGUGAAUACAUGUCUCUGCCCAGUGGACUUUACAAGGAUGGAAUAGUAAUAAUAGCUGGAGGAGAUGGUGGAAAUAUUUUAAUAUUUGUAAUAUUCUGACUGCAGUUACACAAUGCCAGUGGAUUUGAAUUAAUGACUGAAGAAAAGUUUGUUUUUGUACACUAAACCAAGGUUUUACCUUGAGAUGUUUCUACUCUUUAAGACUUGAACAUGAAUUCCCCCCGUGCCCAUUCUCUCGGGCAGUCUUUGCCACUCUUCACACUUUACUAUUCAGUUGAUUUAAAUAGUCAAGAAAAACAAUCCAAAUUACUAUGCUAAGGGCAAACUAUUUCCCCCUCCCGGUUUUUCACAGGGAGAUCCGUCAUUUUACUGGGACCUACACUUUAGUUAUAUAUGUAUUAUUUAUUCCAGAUAUUCCUGAGAAGAUACUGAGGUUUGUGAAGGUAUUUCAUAAAAGAGCCAAAUUGUUUGUUCCUUGGGUAAUGUUUACAAGUUUUAACAGGUAAAGUCAGUACAUAGGUUAUUGAUGGUAAUGUCACGUUCUGACCUUUAUUUCCUUUGUUUUGUCUUUAUUUAGUAUGGUCAGGGCGUGAGUUGGGGUGGGCAAUCUAUGUGUGUUUUUUUAUGUUGGGGUUUUGAGUUCAGAGGAGUAUGGUUCUCAAUCAGAGUCAGGUGUCGUUAGUUGUCUCUGAUUGAGAAUCAUACAUAGGUAGCCUGGGUUUCACUUUUGUUUUCUGUGUGUGUGUUUGUUGCCACACGGUACUGUUUCGGGCGUUUCACGUUUAUUGUUUUGUAGUGUUCAGUUUAUGUCUGUAAAUAAACGUUAUGGACACUUACCACGCUG